CACUCGCGGCGCUGCGGCUUCCCUGAGUGCCAGAAGACAGCCAAGCGCGGCGGACUCUGCAUCUCGCACGGCGGCGGCAAGAAGUGUUCGGUGGAGGGCUGCACCACCAGCGUCGUGAGCCGUGGCUUCUGUGUCGCCCACGGCGGCGGCAAGCGGUGCCAGGCGCCGGCCUGCACCAAGAGCGCGCAGACCGGAGGGUUCUGCUGGAUCCACGGCGGCGGCAAGAAGUGCGGCUACCAGGACUGCAAGAAGCGCGCGCAGAGCGGUGGUGCCUGCAUCUCCCAUGGU